GUGGUCAAAGCAACCAAGUGUUUUAAAUUAUAAAAUAUUAAAUUAAAUUUAAAAUGAAUUUAAAUUGUAUAUCUCUAUUUAUACUCGGUAUUUUAAUUGAUUCCGCUAUAGGUGGUCUUUUUCGGCAAGAUCGCGUCACCUCUGUAAGACCUCAGUUAUCCGGUAAGCGCACUACUGAACCGCCAAAGGAUUACCAAGUUAUUGGUUACCGUAACCAAAAUGAAAUUGAACCAAUUGCCGACCCGUCUGAAACAAACCAACCAGGAGCACAAACUGGAGAUAUAGAGAUGUUAUUUAAAAGUUUACCAGUUAUAAAAUCUUUAAAAAAGCCGAAAUUCUUCUUUCAAGCAUCACCAGUUCGGCCAAAAAAUGUUUAUGGAGACGAAAUGGAAACUGUAUAUUAUAUUGACGAUUAGUUUAUGCCGAUGUUGUAUUACAACUGCUUAUUUGUUUCAUAGUUUUUUUUUGCAAAAAAAUGCCGACGGUUGUUGAAAAUUUACUUAGUAAAAUACA